GAACACCAAGAUCAGAUAGGCGACAGCAGCAGAUGAACGCAGGAUGAUAAAGAUGUCAAGAGGAGUCACGAGUUGCUGUGUAGCUCUGUUCUUCGCUCUGACGUCUGUUUCUGCUGUACAAAAGCUUCACUCAAUCAGUGCUUUAAAGCAAAUCAACUUUGAACAAUCUGUACCAAAGCACAGUGUUGUGCUGCUCUACUGGUUUGCCAACGAAGUUGACAUUGACAACAAUAAUGUCAUACGGCUGACCUUUGACCCAAACAGUGGGGAUUAUGGCUCACACUAUUAUUACAACAAUGAGGGUGUAGUGGACCCACUGCCUCGAGGAAAUAACAGAUACAGGCACGAAUACGGGUACUACACUAUUGGCAAUCUUGAACGAUUUACACUACGGCCACUUCGACAAUAUGUUCUCAAUCCCCCAAUGUCAGAGUUUGUGGGAACAAACCGGGACAGGAUCAUUAUCUGUGUCCGGAGGAACACAGGAGAGCGAGCAUGGCAAAGGAUAGAGCGAGUUUAUAUAACACAGCAUUAUGGACAUCAGGGGAGUUCUUAUGAUCCAGCUCACACCUACAGGAUCAGUCUCAACCUGUUGAGACAGAUAAGAGAGUUUUCUGAGGGACAAAACCAACAGCAACUGUUGCGUCUUAGAGACCUCCAUGAAAGUAACGCUGAUGAUUCACAGUUAAGGCAAAUCACAGCCACAUGGGGUGACCUUGCUGGUCUUGGACUGCUGCUGCUUAUUGUGAUUCAGGAACAGUCCUCUUCUAACCAACACAAUAACAGACGUGGAAAUGGAGGAAAUCAAUGGGGUGAUGAUGAUGCUUCGGAUGGCUGGAGCCAUGAUUAUAGAGAUUUUCCAAACUCAGGUGAGGUUGUGGUGAAUUUUUACGACGAUGAGGACCACAAUUUUAGCAGGAUGACUAGUUACAGAGGAUCAGGCAGUUACAGCAGCCCAGAACCCCGCAACAACACCAAGAGGUGGUUGUGUUGUAUUUGUUGUAUCAUCUUUGUAUGUUUAUUUCUAUUGGGUAUUAUAUUACUUUUUGUGUUUAUGAAAAGAUAAGAUAAAACUUUAUUUAUUCUUAGGUAAAUUGCUUUGCAGCACUUGGAAUACAAAAUGAGAGGAGUGUAAAAACAAAACAUGAAAACAUAAAAGUCCAAGGUAACAAGACAAUAAGGCGCAAAUGAGUAGCAAAUACAAAAUAUAUACAAUGCCAAAAUCAGGUAUGGGUAAUAAACAGGUUAAGCCUACAAUAAAUGGUUUGCAGAAAUAUAAGUAUGUCUGAAAUGUGUGCAGUGUAAAAAUACUUUGUUAAUAUGUAAUGUUUAUGAUUAUGUCCAUGAUAUAGCACUUAAUGUUGCAUUAUUGCACAGAAUGUUUAGUGAUUCAGUUGUUAGUUGAGUUAUAAUGCUAAAAACUGGAGAGAAAAAAGAAAGGGGGAGGGGGUUACACACUGUCUGAGGGGGACUGUAAAUUGCUCUGAUGGACAAAUGAAACAUAACUAAAAGACUCUAUGGUGUUAAGGACAGCCUUUGAUGAAA